AUGGCUUAUUAUAAUACAGAUAGCAUUUUUAUUUCUUAUAAGCAAGUUUCGAAUAGUAGAAAUGUAAUUGACAAAGGCGGUGCUGCUAUGAUUACUCUUGAAAAGUACAAGGGAAUUGAUGUUGCAGUCAAACAUUUCAAUGAAAAUAUUAUGAAUGAAAUAGCAAAUGAACUUAGAAUUCUUCGUAGCCUUCAAUGUGAAAAUAUAAUUAAAUUCUAUGGUGUAACAAAAACUCCAAGCGGAAGUACUUGUUUAAUUAUGGAAUAUGCACAUAAUGGAAAUUUAUUUAACUACCUUAAUAGUAACAAGCUUACCGCGGACACAAAAGCAGAUAUGGCUAUUCAAAUCUCAUGGGGAUUACGGAAAUACCACGAAAAUGGAAUUAUACAUUCGGAUUUAAAAUCUAAUAACAUUUUAGUGAAUAAAUAUUUGGUAUUGAAAAUUACAGAUUUUGGUGUAAGUCGUACGGAACGAGAGUUGGAUGUGAGAGGGAAAACUGGUGGAACGGUAUUUUAUGCAGCACCUGAGCGUCUCUCUGAAGACAAAGAAUUGGAAAAGCAUUAUAAAGAUCUGCCACAUCUUUCAGAUAUUUAUAGUUACGGAUUGGUUGUGUGGGAAAUUGCAACAAAUGGAAAAUCGUUGUAUGAUAGAAUGGAAAAAGACAAAGUCAGAGAACUUAAAAAUUCUGAGGAUUCAGAGCAUUUUCAAAUAUUAUUUUCGAACACAGAUGUAUCAUCGUCAUCAAAACUUAGAAAAAUAAUUGAGGGAUGUUGUAAGAAAUCUCCCCUCAAACGUAUGCCUUUAGAGAAAGUCGAAUUUAAACUUCUAGAAGAUUUUCCCUUUGUCGAGAAGAAAAAUCACGCAAGUAAACUUAUUAGUGAAGGCAACUAUAAAGAAGCAAUCCAAAUUUUAGAGGAUGAGCUAAGCAUCCGAGAUAAAAAUGAUACAAUGGCUGCAAUGGUGUUAUUACAACGUGGAUAUACUUAUUUUAAAACUUGCCAAUAUCAGGAUACACUUAACACCAUAACACUGUCACUAAAAAUUUGGGAGAAUAAUCCGCUUGCUUUAAUGCAGCUUGGAUCAGCUUAUUGCCUUAUAGGACAAUAUCAUGAAGCAUUUGUUAAUAUAAACGCGGCGCAUGGUAUUGAUCAAAAUUUACGUGCAACGGCAAUACGUGGAUUUAUUAAUUGUUAUAAUGCAUUUGCAUAUCUUGCGCGUGGAUAUGUCAAUAGCAAAAAAAAUAGAGGAUUAAAAUCGGCUGAAGAUUUCGCAAAGUAUCACAGAAUCUUAGAAAAUAACCCAAAUCUUGCCUUUUGGACUAUUUAUAAAACGAUGCGUACCCCAGAAAUUGACACUUUAAUUUCACAACCUGUAAAACAAUAUCCAAAUGGAAUGCCUGUCAACCAACAAUCACAAUUUGUCGAUCAACAAAAACCUGAAAAAAAUUAUCCAAACGGAAUGCCUAUCAACCAACAACUACAACUUUUCACUCAACAACAACCUGCAAUACAAUAUCUAAAAGAUAUGUUCGUCGCUCAACAACCUACAAUACAAUAUCUAAAAGGAAUGUUCGUCACUCAACCACAAUAUCAAAACGGAAUGCAUGUCACUCAACAGCCACAAUUGGCUGCUCAACAACAACCAGUAACACAAUAUCCUAAUGAAAUGCCCAUCGCCCAACAGCCACAAUUCGUCGAUCAACAACAACCUUUAACACAAUAUCCAAACGGAAUGCCUGUCACUCAACAACCACAAUUGGCCGCUCAACAACAACCAGUAACACAAUAUUCAAACGGGAUGCCAUUCACCCAACAACCACCAGUAACACAAGAUCCAAACGGAAUGUUCGUCAUUCAACAGCCACAAUUGGCUGUUCCACAACAACCAGUAACACAAUAUCCAAACGGAAUGCCUGACUAG